GCGGUUAGGCAGCAGAUGUCAAGCGGUUUUUAAAAAUGGCCGCGGAACCCGGUGCAGUUGAAGUACUUAUCGUUGUCAAGUUUCUGCCAAUACUCUCGUAAUCAUCGGGCAAGAUACGUCAAUGGCCGCGGUUAUUAUUAAGCCAUGAUUUUUUAUGAUGCACUGCCAACUAUUUUGACGUAAGAGAUUUGUGAACGUUAUCUGACAGCCUCUGCCAGUGGCCGCGGACGAAACCCCGUUAAUCCCGUUGCACAUCUCUAGGAAUAUCUGCAUAUUAUUCGGUGUUUCUAAUUAAAAUAACUUCACUUGACUCUCCAGCGACGUCAAUUAACUCGUUGACCAUCCUGAGCUACAUACUUCAUUUAUUCAACCUGGACAAUGAUUUCCUGAGAUAUUACACUGCAAGCAUUAUUUAGUGAUUGUGGGCUUUAAAAGUGAUUGUGAACAAUUUCAACAAAGGAAAAUGUCUCCUGGUGUAAAUGAUGGGCCUCGCAACACAGGAACUCUUCCUAAGAGUAACCGAAGAAGUGAUAGAAAUAGAGAACGUUCUGCUGCCAAUCAGCAGAUCAUCACACGCCCUCUCUAUCGAGGAGAUUUUUCUCAGCACCCCAAUAACUUGUUGCAGCUAGAUUGGCAGCCUGUAAGCGAGCGGGAGCCACGCGGAACGACGAAGAACAGCAACACCAGGUCGACCUCUUCCGCACCGUCAGUUACGUAUCACGAUUUUUCUGACUUUGCGUCCGAAGUUGGAACUAGACAGGAAAAUUACGCCGUAGAAGAUUCCACGCUCUGGCAAAGAAUGGUUCCGCCAAUUGAUUCUCGAACUCAGUCACCGCCUCGUCUCCAGGGAUCAAAAUCCACUAAUGUCGACAAAAUGCCGGAUCGGGGUCAAGUCGAAAGCCGACUCAGUCAAAUUCGGGAUUACAUUCGUGUAACUUCCACGAUGAUGGACUCACUCAAUCAGUCGAACGAUCCACGUGCUCAGGCUCAGCAUGAGAAGUUGAGUAAAAUGGUGGAGGACCUCUAUGACAGCGAGACAAAAUUGGCGAAACUUCUGGAGGACUAUCAGACUCGCAGACUUCCCGAUGAGUCCGGUGAUCAUCCUAAACUACUGUCCAACCAGAUGCGACGCUUCACAGAGCUACUCGAUGUCUUAAGCACGCAGGAACGCUUUCUCCUGACUAAUCCUCCUUGUAGGAAUGGAGAUAGCGGCAGGGAAGACAUCGAUGAAAACGAGGACGGGUCCAGGGAAGCUCAUCUGCGCAGAAAAAUGGAGGAGUCUCAGCGGAAGCUCGCACAGUUACAAGAGCAUCAGGCCAAUUUGGUUGGAAUGCAGUUGCGUGCCAGAGAACGGUUAAACGAAGCACGUCAAGCUCAACAAGCUCUACUACUCCAGGAAAAUCAAACGUCUGCUGCCUCUUCUACAUGGGAGGGUGGUAAUCGGUUACCACAACAGCAACAAACCGAGCAACUAGAAUCGGAAACAGCUGCACUACGAGGAAAGCUGGCCCAGUUGCAGAGCAAGAAAAAACGCAUGGAUCAUCUUGUAGCCGAAUUGCAGGCCGUGGAGUUAUCUGAUAGAGGCAGCUGUAGCUCCGAAGGAUCAAGAGCAGUAGGUAGAGACAAAGCAGCUGAAUUAGAUGCAAUGAAAGCUCAAUUGGCUCAUCUGAAAGUUCUGAUGGAAGAAGCCACAAGAGUACGUGAAUCUGUGGAUUCCGCUUCAGAGGCUGAGCCUGAAGGCGAUACAACGAUUCAAGGUGGCGACGAGGCUGACUUAGUGGAUGAAGAGGCUGGGGGAAUGUCUUUCUGUAAUUCUUUUGAUCAUCAGAGCGAGCCUGAUGAUGUCAGUUACAAAAAGUCAAGGAAUUCUGUGGAAAGACCAACGAUCGAGCAGGUUCAGGCUGUUAUUGAUGAACUAAAGGAACAGUCAGCUUUACUACAGGCGGCUCGUGCGGAACUUCAUCGUUUAAAACAACCAACAGCAUCUUCGUCUAAUGCACCUCCACCUAAUCCUCCUUCAAUUCCAAAUUCGACACCACCUCCUUCUCUGUUGGGAUUCUCUGGUGCGGAUAAAAAACAAAGCAAUAAUGUUGGCAACAGUAAUAAUGCACAUGGAGCGGAUUUACAAUCAGCCCAAGUCAAGCGACGUCAAUUAGAGGAACUUAUGCGAAAGGAACAGAGUCAAACUUCUAGUCUCAAUCGUGAUGUAGGAGGUUCUGAUUGGACCAGACGCAGAGGGUCGAAUUCACAGAUGAGUCAUACGAGUACACCAUCCAGUAUAUGGCCUUUACAGUCUCCAGUUACCGCUGCAGGGGGUCCAAACGAUCAAAAUGUAGAUGGUAUAUCUUCAUCGGAGAAUCUUCUGGAUAUCGGUCCCCAGGUUCCCGCGACGGAGAACGGCUUCCCAGGCAACUUCUGGGGUUUACCUCCAUCCCCGGUGACUCAGCCGCAAACCGGAGUAGCGGGAUUGGCCGAAUACUAUCGCCAGCUGUUGCUGGGCUCGCAAGCACAGCAGCUACAGAUGAUGGGCACGACAAUGCAGCAGUGCUGCCAAUUGAUUUGGUCUCAGCAGCGGGAAUUGCAGUCGAUGCGAGCCGCGAUAACACAGCUGCAGCUGCAGCAACGACAAUCGCAAGCGCCGGUACCGCGAUCUAACAACUCCGAGGGCCAGGAAGAUUACUCCAACCUAAGUCGACCUAUUCAUCACCUGGGAAGUACGCUAGACGCAGUUUUACCACCCAGCUCGUCUUUGCCGAACCUAGUCUCGUUACCCAAUCCCUCGAUUACGCCUGUUCAUCCAGUUAUGGUCACGCCAGCCGCAAAUUCUCAACAGCAACAUCAUCAGCAGCUGAACAAUCAGGUACCGCCAGGCAACAGGGCGAACAACUACUGGGAUAACUUUAGAAGCUACUCCAGGCAAAAUCUACUGUCCGGAAGUGCAAAGACAGUAACAGAUCACUCUACACCAGCUCCAGCUGCCAAUGCCAGUACUUCCAGUAACAGUGCCAGUGGAGGUGUUAAUAGUUCUCUCAUAAAGGACAAACGGAAUCGGGAACACGGAGCAGACAAUUUACCACUGCCAACCUUAUCAGGAACAGAGGCACAGUACUCACUCAAUCUACAGUUGCAGUCAAAUUUGCAGCAACAGGAAAGAGAUAGAGAGAGGGAGAGUGCGGUCACGCGUAGCAAUAUUCUCAGCAACGAGACCCAUCAUCAACAGCAACAAGUUGAUAAUAUCUGGGAGGAUAAUCACUCCUCUUUUCGGUUGCUGCCUGGCCACAAUGAAGAUUAUUACUCAUUACAUCAUCUCAGCGGUGAAAUGAGGGACGUGUUAGGCUCGCUCGUUGCAGCCAACAGAAGACGACCCGAUUACCUGGUUAUUAUUCUAAGAGAAAUCAAGGCAAUUAGUGAAGAUCAUCGUCUACGACCACGACUCUUGAGAUCCUUACGAGCUUUACAGAUUCCGGAACCACCAAACAAUCCUCUGGAAACUGCAUUACUAUCACAGAAUGAAGCUACUGAUCAAACAGCUAGUGAAAGCUGUCAGUCCAGUGAUGACGAUUCAGAUUUAGGUGCAUGGGGUCCACCAGUUCCCAAAUUAGAAAAGACAAAUAUUUCUUUACCUCAAGUGUUUAUGCCACGUAGAGAAUCAUCAUUGGCAUCACCAUCAUGGCGGGAGUCAGCAGAAGAUCACUGUGAUAAUACAACUGGUUUUCCUGCUGGUGAUGCGAGUGCAGCACCUUCCACAUCAAUCACUCCAGGAUACAAUGAAGAUCUAGCAGAAGCUGAUCAAUCACGACCUGAAGCUUCUAAUAAUCAACAGAUUGCUUCUGAUGAAGGACUUAAUCAAAUCGAAGAAAACGAAACAGAACCCAUAGCACAUGGUGCAGCUGCUCAAGUAGCAGCAGAAGCAGAAGUCGAUUUACAAUUAGUAAAUGAGGAAGGCGACGUAGAAAGAACGGAAGACGUGAUACUCGACAGAAUUCCCACACGUCUGUAUCAUCAUUAGUAUUUUGUAAGAUUCGUCGAUGAGAAUGAAAUCUCGCAAUACACCACCAGAGGUCUGUAAUUUUUCCACGUCCAGAUUAUUCUGCAGAUCCACUGUGUGGGAAUGUGCGAAACGUUUAAUAAUUAUUAAUUAAUAACGUUUCCAUUAAUAUAUUCAAAAUUAAUGGAAGACGAAAGCCAAUAAUUCAUUCUUCGUCCUUUAUUUGUGCUUUUGUCCCCCUAAGUUGAUUUCUUUAUAUUAUCACUAACAAUGUUCUUUAUAGUAUUUCUUGUUUCUUCAGUUCUCUCUAUUAUGCAUCUCUUUGAUGCUGUAAAGUUUUGUGAACAUGAGUAAUGCUUGUUUUAUUAUCGUUCCUAUUUAGUGUUGCCUUUGAUGCUUAUCGUAAUAUAGGAACUACACACCAUCUAUAUUGCCUACUAUAAAGUAUGAACUCAAUGUAUAUAGAGCCAAAUGAAUGGUCUCAUAACUUUGUAAUAAUUGCUGUGGGUAAAUUAAUUCUUAACCAAUUUGAAUAAAAUAAAAUCAAAACAGAAGCUGUAGAGUAUAAAGCUCAUCAAAUGCAUAAAGUAUUAGGUAAAUUGAAUAAAACAUAAACCACAGAUC